AUGAAGUACGCCCUAAUUUUCGCUGCCACUGCAGCUGCCUACGAGGCUUAUGGCGGAUACGGCGCGGAUGCUGAGUCCAGCUCCGUUGUCAAGCCAAGCACCUCCGCGAAGCCCAUCGGAUACACCACUAUCGUCCCAGGCUAUGGCAAGCAGCCAGUCACCGUGACCACUCAGCACCAGCCGUACCCCACCUGCGUGUCUCCCGCCUACGGUGGUAAGGAUUGCGCCAAGUGGGACGAGGACGCCUAUGUGUCGACUGUGAUCAAGGACUACGACAACAACUACGCUACGAUCACCAAGACGGCGCAGCCCGUUGUUGUCUACCACACCACGAAGACAAUCACCCACUCCGCCACUGCAACAGGCGGCUACGCUGCACCUACCGGCGCUGCAUACAAGAACGGCACUGAGGGCUGCUGGUACGAGUUGUACGAGAAGAUUGAGGAGGUGCCAUACAACCAACUUGGUCCUCACGCGCUUCCCGGAUACCCCGGCUCCGGCCUCUACAAGGAGGGCGAGAAGAAGCAACCUGUUAAUGUUAAGGAGUACAAGGGCGGAAAGUGGUCUGAGUACGUCCACGAGUACUCCUACGGCACUCCUAAGCCUGAGGUCACUACUUAUGAGAAGCCCGGUGUCUACACAGUCCCUAGCAAGGACGUCACCAUUGACCACCCUGUUACCUACCCAGCUGAGGCCACGAAGACUGCGAAGGCUGGCGAGACUUGCACCUACGGAGGUCAGUCCAUUGAAGCCAAGCAGACCGGUUACAUCACUGGCGCUUACGCUGCCUAUGAGACCAAGGUCAACGGUGGCAAGACUGUGACCGAGACUGUGAUCAAGCACACCACAAUCUAUGCAUCCACCACCGGCAACUAUGAGGUCGCGAAGCCCACAACCACCGUGUACGACCACGACACCGAAGUCGCAUACCCAACUGCUAAGCACUACGAGGCUGGUGUCUACCACCAUGAGGCCAAGACUGUCACCAUCACCAAGCCUGGACAGGCCUACACUUGCGAGUACGAGCAGACCAAGAAGUACGAAGCUACGUCGACCCCCAAGAAGAGCACCGACCAUGCGGCCUACCCUACCUCCACCCCCGCUCACGACAACUCUUACGGCCACAACAAGCCAUCUGCCACCCCUAACAAGCCUACUGAGGGUGAGAACAACCAUCCCUCAUACCCUGCCACCCCCAAGCAGCCUACUGAGGGCGAGCACAACCAUCCUUCUUACCCCGCUACUCCCAACAAGCCUGUUGAGGGUGAGAACAACUACCCCUCCUACCCUGCCGGUCCGGUAAAGGGCCACCCAUCUUCCGUUCAGGAGUCGUACCCGGCUUCUACUCCUGCCACUAUCUACACCAAGCCCUCCUACAACGGCGGAAACGCCUAUGGCGACAACGGAAAGCCAACCACGGCUACUGUCUCGUCUAAGGAGCAUGCUUACCCUGAGUCUACUCCCGCCUACGGCACUGCUUCCUCAGCGCCUGCUUAUGGCGCUAGCUCCUCAGCUCCUGCCUAUGGCACUGAGUCCUCCGCGAUGGCCAGCUCCACUCCUUGUGAGAGCAGCAGUGCUUCCGUUACCCCUACCAAGUCAUCCGAUGUAUACAGUGCUUCUACCCCAGCUUUUGAGUCUUCCAUGUACAGUGCCUCCAGCCCCGCUGCGGCUAGCUCUACCCCUUGCGAGAGCAGCACUGCUUCUGUCACCCCAGCGAAGUCUUCCGGCUACAGUGCUUCUACUCCCGCUGCUGUAUACACUAAGCCAUCAUACAAUGACAACCACGGCUAUGGUGAGAACGUCAAGUCGACUCUCUCUACCAUCUCUACCAAGCCCUACCCUGAGUCUACUCCUGUAGAGCACUACCCUGCAAGCGCCAGCUCCACUCCUUGCGAGAGCAGCACCGCAUCCGUCACACCCGCCAAGUCAUCCGAUGUAUACAGCCAGGCUACACCUACCCCGGCCAAGUCUUCGGCCUACAGCACUGACGUUUACGGUGAGGCUUCGUCGACCCCUUGCUCUUCCUCUGUACAGUCGACCCCGACUCCUGUGCAGCCCACAUCCGCCCCUGUCUACGACAACACUCCCUACCCCGCUGGUGCCACCUCUACUCCUUGCGAGAGCAGCGACAAGCCUUCCGCUACUCCCGUCGUUCCUGCCGCCUACCAGCCUGCUCAGGGCUACACCAAGCCCCAGACUGGCUACACCAAGCGUGGUGGAUUGAACGAGCGUCGCAAGAUCGCUGCUGCCAACUAG